AUGUAUACAAAAGAGAGCUGGACGUGUAUUUUUCUUAUUAUUUGCAGUAUGCAGAGCGUGUGUAAUUGUUGUGACUGGAUCCGACACCACUACGGUCACUUGAGCGCAGAAUACCUUUCCCUGCUGGACCAGAUGGGAGGAGACAUCACAGAGCAGGAGGCCCCUGUCUUUUUCCCCGAAUUACUAUACCGACGCAUAGAUGACGCCAAGUUUGAGGACCAAGUCAGAUUCCGGAACGAGACCAUCUAUCAAAUCACAAAACUGUUUGAUGGGAAUAUGAAGGCUGUCAUCUGGGACAAGAAAAAGCUGGACGAUUUCCUCAACAUUCUCGAACGCCAGUUUGAGAACCUUAAAUCCUGUGUAUCACCUGCCGAGAAACCUGAGAGGAGACUGAAACGCUACUUCAAGAAGUUGAAUAGGAAGGUUCUGAGAAAAAUGAACUACAGUGCGCAGGCGUGGGAGCUAAUCAGGAAAGAGACGAAACAUCAUUUGCAAAGAUUGGAUAUUUUUAAGGCAAAGAUGCACUGA